AUGAAGCCGUCGUCCAUCCCACCAAGGCCACCGGGCCUCCUUCUUCCAGCCAUUAUUAGUCUCUUCGCAGCUUCAUCCACAGCACUGCGGGUCACGCCUGGAUCCGCCUGUGCUUCAUACUGCCUCGAUAAUGGGGACGACAUCGGCCAGUCCGCCAACUCGACAACCACACCUUCUGAUAUUGUUUGCAACGACGACGACUACUGGUCCACGACGGUCGGAACCAGCGAUGUGGAAUGGUACUUGUACAACGUCCGCUAUGCCGUCGACGUAUGCCUUUUCUCGUCGCCGGGACCAAGCUCCUCCCACUCCUCGACGUCUUCGCCAUGUGUUCUGUCAGGCACCUGUCUUUCACUGCAGAAAGCACUGGAUACCGGAAAUGUGAACCCGAGCAACGAGACACAGUACCAGUAUUGCACCGCCGAUGGCGGAGUAUUUGGACGGACGGCUCUGAGCAACUGCGCCCAGUGUUUGCAAACCAACUCGGAGCAGACGUACCUCUCAAACUGUACGUACUGA